AUGGAUAUCCUUUCCGAAGCCAGUAUGCCCGCCGUGGCUAUGGCGUCGGCUCUUUCUGUCGCGGCAGGAGCAUACCUGAACGCGAAACUGUCCAUCUCAACAGAUUUAUCUGCCUAUUUCAACGACAAGGCGUUUGGAAAACGGCUAGGACAUCACAUUGCCCAGUUGGGCGAAUCGACUACUAUUUACAAGAUGCUUGAAAGAGUGGUCGAAGUCGAAAAACAGGGAAAGGUAGAUGCCUUAUGGUUCGAACAAAAGACGUGGUCGUAUGCAGAGCUUAAAGACUUGGUCGAUCGAUUUGCCGCCUUGCUUCACUCGCGAGGUGUGAAAGCUGGCGACUUCAUUGGCGUUUUCACAACGAAUUCGCCAGAGAUGGUGGUUACAUUGUAUGCACUAGCGAAACUGGGUGCCGUCUCUGCCAUGAUCAACACCAAUUUACGAGACGACACUUUCACCCAUUGUUUUAAUGUCUCUGGUGCAACAUCUAUAAUCUCAACCCCAGACCUGUCGCAAUACGUUUGCAUAGAAUUACCGCACUUAGCAAUUAACCUAUCAUCUUUUGAAGAUACGACCACAGGCUCCUGGGACCUCAUCACAUCCCCAGAACUACAGAAAUUCUCACCAUCGGACCUAAAGCCGGCUAAGCGCACUCCAAAGGACCCUGCCGCUUUAAUCUACACGUCAGGCACAACAGGGAAGCCCAAGGCAUGCGCAAUCUUAAACAUGCUGACCAUCAUCACCGCAACUACAUUGUCAAGCGAUGCCAACAACAAAUCCAAAUACUCUCCCUUGCGUACAUAUUCCUCUCUACCACUUUUCCACGGCACCGCCUUUUUCACUGGAGUUUGCUAUUCGGUCGGAAACUGUGGAACACUCUGUCUUCGACGCAAGUUUUCUGCCUCCCAGUUCUGGAAGGAUGUGCAUGAUUCAGGCGCAACCAAAAUUCUUUACAUUGGUGAACUUUGUCGAUAUCUUCUUGCUUCACCUCCUUCUCCGUAUGAUCGCGAUCAUAACUGUAUUGUUGCUAUGGGCAAUGGAUUGCGUGGUGAUAUUUGGGAACAUUUCAAGUCUCGCUUUGGAGUUUCUGAGAUUCGUGAGAUUUACAGGUCCACAGAGGGUGUUGCCAAAUUUGAUAACCAUGGUCCUGGUGUUUGGGGAGCUGGAAAAAUAGGCUUCUCAGGUCCAAUUCGUCGGUCUUUAGAAGAGGACACUUUGAUUGUGAAGUAUGAUAUAGACACGGAGAUGCCAUGGCGAGAUCCUCAAACCGGAUUCUGUGUUCGGGCGAAGUUGGGGGAGGAAGGCGAGGCCAUUGGGCGGUUGCGCGACCGGGGCUUGUUGAUUGAAUAUUUGGGCAAUGAAGAAGCGACAGAAGACAAACUGCUGCGUGAUGUAUUCGCAAAGGGUGACAUAUUCCAGAGGACUGGUGAUCUCAUUGUUCAAGACACAGAUGGCUGGAUCCGCUUCCAAGACCGCGUUGGUGAUACAUUCCGGUGGAAGGGUGAAAACGUUAGUGCGGGUGAAAUUCGGGAUCAUAUCUGCAAUAUUGAUGGAGCUCAUGAUGCCGUCGUAUAUGGUGUGAAACUUGCUGGAUACGAUGGCCAGGCUGGCGCUGCUGGUAUCACAUUAGAAGACCAUUCACCCAGCUUCCAGAAGAGUUUUGCCUCUAGACUUUACCCGGAAUUGAAGAUUAAAGGCGUACCAUCAUAUGCCUUUCCCCGACUUGUGAGGUUCACUGAGAAAGUUGCAACUGGCGUUACAUUCAAACAGGCGAAGGGUGACUUGGUGAAAAAGACCUGGGAUCCCCGCAAUGAUUCCUCCGGAGAUGGGUUGUGGUGGCUGAGUGGUACUAAAUACGAGCCAUUGGAUGACCAGAGCUGGUCUCAAAUAGAGACUGCAAAGGCCAAAUUGUGA